CAGAUGCCUACAAAGAUCACUCUAGCUCUUAUAGUCAACAUGAAAGUGUUUAGCGUACUGAUAUCUAUCUUUACUACUAUUUCAACUCAACAACAAGAAUAUUUGAAUGGAAAACUUCAACAUACUAUUUCUGAUAUCCCUGUGUACUGUUACAAUGGAGAAUGGAGAUGGAUCUGUUACCAAGAUAGUCAGUGGAACCAAGAGAGGACAAUAUCUGUAUGCACACAACUGGGUUACAGUGCACUUGGAGUAGCAGACGAGAUAUGUGGGACUAUUCAAAGAAAAGUUGUCACACUGACUAACUGCAAUGAACAGCAUCUCACAGAAUGCAUGGUCACGGCCAGUGACAGCUGCACUACCUGUUCUUACUUGUUUUUAAGAUGUUCUGCAGCCAUCUGCACUGAUGGAGAGAUAAGAUUGGUGGGUGGAUCCACUGACAGAGAGGGACGAGUGGAGGUGUGUGUGGGUGGCAGGCGAUGGAGGACAGUUUGCAAUGGCAGUCAAGAACUGGCAGGAGCCAUUUGUUCACAAAUGGGAUACAUCUUUGAAGCAAGUGCUAUUGCACUACCAAACUCAUUUCCUCCCGGAGCAUUCCCAGAGUACAGACUAGACUGUACACAACUAAGCAAUGCAACAUGGCACUGUAGUCCAGUUGAACAACAAUGUGUCAGCUUUGUGGAGCUUGGUGUUGUUUGUAGAACUAUGAAGAUCUAUACAGUGAAUGUUCUAGGACUAGUACACUGUCUACAUUGUCAACCAGCAUACAAGUUAGAUAAAUGUGCAUCAUUAUACAUAUUCGGUAGUGUACAAAAUAAUAUUCCCCCACCCAUGACUGUGCACAAACCCAGUGGCAGAUCUAGAAAAAGUGGUAGGUAGGUGCUGAGUAAGAGAGGCAAGGAGUAUUCCGCAUAGUAGCGCGCGAAAAUAGAGAGUUACACCCCCUUUGAUAUCAUUUCCGGUGGGUGCGGGUAUCAGUGUGACAUUAAUAAUUUUGUGUGGUUUGCAUUGCCGCUGGUGCUUGUUGAAACACUCUUACCAACAAGAUAAUGGUGCUGUUUGCUGUCUUUAACAUGAGGUAGUAAUAAUUUAUGUACAGGCUUAAUCAGACCUAAGUAUCUCACGUGCUGGCAAUUCCAUGCACCACCUUCAUUGCUGUCAUUGGUGUACUGGUGGCUCUGUUACUAGCUGUAUCAGUUGGUUGGAUAGUGUCCUGUGUUAUUCUACUCAUGCAGGAGAGGACAGACUGUGCACAAACAACAUGUUGAUGGUACUAUCUCAACAAGGAGCAAUCAGAGCUACACACAACAGGACAUCAACACACAGCUCUAGUAGAGUGAACAGAGAUGAUAAACAGAUGGAGGAAAAUAUGCUACCCUUUUGUCGUUUAUUAGUAUUAGUGAAUCACUGAGUGCAUUAACAUUUUAACUAGAGCACUAAAGUGCAAACCCUCGGCUGAUGACAUAUGUAUUAGUUAAUGUACAGUGUAGAGGGGUCCGACUACGAGGGCGUAAGCCCGAGGGGGAGGUGUGGUUUACUGUCAUAAACCCCGAGGCACUGUGUAUUAACUGAUAUAUAUCCCAUCUGAUUGGUUGCUGCAUGACCACCAUAACUACCGGGUAUAUAACAGCAACAUACUACUUGACAACCACAUUCAAAACGAGAAACGGCAAAAAACAAUGGCUUGUCAAUACUCCGAGUCUUGCAUUGGUAUGUGCGAAUGGACAGGCUGCCCAGGAAUUGCGGGAAGUCAGCCACUCCCUCUCCAAGGAAGCCAAGUGAAUGCUCCCCCUCUCUCUUACAAGCAUUGAGCCCGCCCUUCCUUGCUCUCCUUCUAAUUCUAUGGCUGACCAGGCAAGCGAAGGACAUGGAGACCUUCAGCCCCUCCCCCAGUCUCGUUUUGAGUUUUCAUCUGCCAGCACACUGGCAGAAUUUUCGAAAGGGCUGAUUCCACAGAACACCUCCAAGAACACCAAGUGGGCAAUGACCAGUUUUGAGGCCUGGAAAUCUACCAGGAAUGCCAUUCACCCUGAAGACCAAGUUCCUGAAGACUUCCUGCAGUGCACUGAUCCAGACACCAUCAACAACCAACUUUCUAAAUUCAUUGUCGAAACAAGGAAGACAAACGGAGCUCAAUAUCCACUGGCAACUCUUCACUCCCUCCUUUGUGGCGUCUUGAGGUGUAUGCGUGAAUCAAACCCUGUCGGAUGCCCAAAUUUCCUCGACAAAAAAUACACCCGGUUCAGACCACUUCAACGUACACUUGACAACUACUUCAACAAGUUGCAUUCUGAUGGUGUUGGAAGAAAGGUGAAGCAAGCUGAGACCAUCUCAUUGGAGGAAGAAGACAAAAUCUGGGGUAGUGGUUUCAUGGACUUGAAUACACCAAAAGGUCUCCAAAAUGCUGCUUUCUAUAGUGUUGGAAAAUUUGUCUGUUUGCACGGAGGUCAAGAACACAGGCGUCUUAAACUCAGCCAAAUACAACGUGGCGACGGCAAGUACAUAUACCACGAAAACGUGUCGAAGAAUCAAAAUGGAAGCUUUAUAUAUUUUUUAGCUAUUUAUAUUGUUCGUCCACCCAAUUGGGCUACUCUCCUAACAAUGAGGCUACAAAGAAGAAGAAAAAGUAGCUAGUUAGCUAGCUGCCAACGUGCAAGUUCAAGUUUCUUAGCUUUUGCUCGACAAAGAAGCUUUAACGUCAAAUUCUGCCACUAUUUAAACCAAGAUAAUAAGCCUAAACUUCUUGCAGAAAUGGGUGGGCAUAUUUUUGCGAGGGUACGGUAAUUACGAGAGUAAACGUUCUAAGUCGCAGUUUUCAGAAGGAACUAUUAAAUUACUAUAGAUUGUCAUUUCCUGUAUAAAAAUUAACAGAUGCCUAUAUAUAUAUAUAUGCAUAAUUAUAGUAAAGAUCAUGCACUCUAGCUCUUAUAGUCACCAUGAGAGUUUUGAGCACACUACUGCUAUCUAUCGUCACUAUUGUUUCAACUCAACAACAACAAGAAUGUUUGAAUGGACAACUUCAACAGACUAUUUCUAAUAUCCUGGAGUACUGUUACCAUGGAGAAUGGAGAUGGAUCUGUCUCCAAGACAGUCAAUGGAACCACGAGAGGACAAUAUUUGUAUGCACACAACUGGGUUACAGUGGAUCUGUAAGAGCAAAUGGACCGUGUGGGACUACUCAAAGAAAAGUUGUCACACUGACUAACUGCAGUGAACCAGGACAGCAUCUCACAGAAUGCAUGGUCACGGCCAGUGACAACUGCAUUACCUGUUUUUAUUUGUCUUCAACAUGUUUCCCAGCUGUCUGCACUGAUGGAGAGAUAAGACUGGUGGAUGGAUCCACUGACAGAGAGGGACGAGUGGAGGUGUGUGCAAACAGGCGAUGGAGGACAGUUUGCACUGGCAGUCAAGAACUGGCAGGAGCUGUUUGUUCACAAAUGGGAUACAUUUAUUUUGAAGGAGGCACGGUGGCAGUAACUAACUCAUUUCCUCCUGGAGCAUUUCCGGAGUACAGACUAGACUGUACACAACUAAGCAAUGGAACAUGGCACUGUAGUCCAGUUGAAGAACAAUGUGACAGCUUUGUGGAGCUUGGAGUUGUUUGUAAGAACUAUGAAGAUCGGUGCAGUGAAUGUUCUAGGACUAGUACACUGUCCACCAACAUGCAAAUUACUACACAGUUGCCUACUAGUUUACAAGAAAUGUAUUCUACAACUAAUAACAAUGGCAGCUCAACUUCACUGCUAGCUGUAAUUGCUGUUCUUGUUGUCCUACAAGUGGCUACAAUGAUUGGACUAAUCAGCACGUGUGUUGUCUUUAAGAGGAAACACAAACAAAAGGUGACCAUGGCUACACAACAAGCUGACCUAACCUAUUCAGUGGUUGGAGGUACACAAACUGAAAUAAAGAUCGACCCCAACAUAGCUGCUAACCCAGCGUACCAGGCAGUCAAGUGUGACCAGGAGGACCACACCUACGAUGUCAUCAGUGAGGGGGUGGCUUCAAGACAGAGGAGAGGCAAUUGACAUACAAAACUUUGAACUUUUAUUUUAGCAUUAGCAUCAACUUAUUAAACGAGUAUGUUGGCUUUAAUU